UAGUCAAAGUAUAAUAUUUAACAAACUUUUGAUUCAAAUAAAAUAACGAAUGACACAAGAGAAGUUUUCAAAGAUGUUACGAGAAAGAAGAAUGUUCGUCAUGUGCAAUGCUUAUUCGAAGCUGAUAAUGCUAUAGCUACUGUAGCAAGGGUAUUGAAUUGUCCUGUAUUGAGUUAUGAUUCAGAUUUUUAUGUGUUUGGGACAUUGUACAUACCAUUUGAUACAUUGGACAAUUACACGAGGUCUAAGUCAAUCUACACUGCCAUUAGCUGCAAUAUUACUAGGCAAUGAUUAUGUAAAACGUGGUACAUUUAGAAACUUCUUUCGUUAUUUAAAGUUACGACGAAUAAGAAGAAAAAGGUAUAGUAAUCGACAGUAUUGUAUAGAAGCAACUUUACAAUGGUUGAGCAGGUUUUACACCUUGGACAGAGCAGUCAUUGGAAUACUAUGUAGAUCACCUAAAACCGAAUAUGCAGCUCGUGCCACAACACAUUCCAUAAACAGAAUUUUUAAAUUUGAUGGGGAUGUUAAUAGUCUAAUGUACAUAGAAGAAACUGAUAAAAAUGGAGACUUUGAAUCAGCCGAAGAAGAAGAAGAAGAGGAAGAAAAGGAAGUUGAAAUAUUAGACAUGCUUAAAGGGGUCAGAAUCUGCUACCAAUAAUGCACUAGCUAAUAUACCUAAUUUGUUUGUAGAUGAAUUUCUUAUGGGCAAUUAUCCUGCAUAUUUUAUGGACUUGUUGGUUCGACGUUUAUAUAUUUGUCCUGUACAAAUAGAGGAUUAUUCCUAUCCAUUGAGCAAUGUAAUAAGUUUAAAAAUUAUUAGAGUUAUAUAUGCAUUUCUGUAAUCAGGAACGAAUAGAA